CUAGCAUCUCCUAUUCUCCUCCUCAUAUAAAAGGCUAAAAGCUACGGGAGUAAUUAUACAAUAGUGAGGAGUUGACAAUUUGAAACAAAAAACCAUGACCACAUCCAAACAACUGAUACAUUUGUUCAUCUUACUCUUCCUUGCCGUCGCCUUCUCGCCGGUGCCGUCGUACUCCGGCGAGACCGUCGAUUAUCUCCCUGGAUUUUCCGGCAAGCUCCCUUUCAACCUCCAAACUGGAUACAUAAAAGUGGGAGAUUCAGAAAUGUUCUACUACUUUGUUGAAUCAGAAGGAAAUCCAAAGAAAGACCCUUUACUUCUUUGGCUUACUGGAGGUCCUGGUUGUUCUUCUUGGAAUAGUCUUGUUUAUGAAAUUGGACCACUAGAAUUUGACCUUGAUGCAUCUUUAGAAGGAGGUCUUCCUCUGUUGAGAUCUUAUGAACAUUCUUGGACCAAGAGUGCUAGCAUAAUAUUUCUAGAUUCACCAGUUGGAACAGGCUUUUCCUACUCAACAACUCAAGAGGGAUGGCCGAGCUCUGAAACAAAAGCAGCAGAUGAAGCUUAUCAAUUUUUGAUGCAGUGGGUUGUAGAAAAUCCUCAAUAUCUUGAUGUUCCAUUCUUUGUGGGUGGUGAUGGAUACUCUGGAAUUAUUGUUCCACUGAUCACACAAUUAGUAAUAAAAGGUAAUGAAGCUGGAGUGCAGCCACACUUAAACCUUAAGGGAUAUUUAGUGGGAAGCCCGAAUACAGAUGGUUUCAUUGAUGCAAAUUCAAAAGUAGAGUUCGCUCAUAGGAUGGCACUCAUAUCAGAUAUUACUUUUAAUAAUGCCAAGAAGUACUGCAAAAAGAACUAUGUAGAUGUGGAUCCAGAUAACACACAAUGUGUCCUUGCUCUUGAUGAUUAUGAGAGGUGUGUCAGGGGUAUAUGGCCAAAUCAGAUUCUGGAGCCAAAAUGUACACUUGGUAGCCCGCUUGAUGAUAGGUGGACUAGAAGAUCUCUUCAGGAGGAUCCCAAUGAAUUCAUUCUUUCGGUCCCUCAAGCUUCAAAUCUUUGGUGCCGGGAUUUCAAUUAUACUCUGUCAGAUACCUGGGCAAAUGAUGAAGCAGUCCAGGAUGCCUUGCACAUCCGCAAGGGAAUGGUAAGCCAAUGGAGUAGGUGUAACCAGACUAUAUCAUACACGAAAAAUAUACCAAGUGUUAUUCAAGUUCAUCAAAACCUCACCAACUAUAACCUGAGGCUACUAGUAUACAGUGGUGACCGAGACAUGGUUGUUACAUUUGUUGGAGUCGUGGAAUGGAUAAAGUCCAUCAAAAAUUCCGCCAAUCUAACUCUUUCAGACAAAUGGCGUCCAUGGUUUGUUGAUGCUCAAGUUGGAGGGUAUACAAGGAAAUAUGAAAAGAACUCAGCUUAUUAUCUGACAUAUGCAACCGUGAAGGGUGGAGGUCAUACAGCUGCAGAAUACUACCGCAGAGAAUGCUCUGAAAUGUUCGAUAGAUGGGUGUCACACUAUCCUCUAUGAUGCGAACCUUUUGGGUUUUGCAAGUUUAUUCUGUUUAUGUUAUUCCACUUCAUUUGGACAAUAAUGUAACUAGUAGCAUUUUUUUUUCUACCAUAAGCGUAUUACAUCGUAUGGAGUAUUUUUUAUUGAUGAAUUUACAAUUGACAAUAACUUCAUCUGUAAAAGUUUCAUAAAGGCCGAAGAUGCCUCUGAUAUGAUUGUAAUAUGGAAAUAUGUUUUCCCUUGGUACUA